AUUGUGUUAUAUAAUGAAUGCGCCUGUCAGUUCUAGGUGCAACGAGUGGAUGACCAACGGGUUACUCGCCACUGACGCGUCGAUGAGGGGUUGACUCUACCGCUGCGGCAUCGUCUAUGUCCCAUGGAAUUCUGCCCGUUCGACGUCCAGCUAAAGUAGCAACCAUGUCCUUCAAGCUGCCCCUCGAUGCUUGGUGCUUGAUGCCCGCCGUGGUGUACGCUGCCGGCGCCUUCUUCACCAUGGUUGGCCGCGUUCCAACGGUUGACCCAGAGACCAGCAACUACCAGUUCUACGAGGAUGAGGCUGCAAGUGCAAAGCAGGCCCAGAAGUAUGACACGCAGUUCAGGUCGCUGUUCACGGAGCGUAUCAAGCAGAACCGCACCAGCGUGUUCCCCAACUGGACCCCCGGCUCGCCCCAGUAAAUGCGAGCCUUGAUACGGAGCUCGCUGGAGCCAAGUAAAGGCGCUUUUGGCAUCCAAAUGCGUACGCUCUCGGGCUAGCACCUGCCUGCAAUCCCGGAGAGGCCUCAUCGCAUGGCGCAUGUCCUCUGCAUGGGAUAUGCGUAUUAGCGGGCAGGAUUUUCCACCACUCCCUUCUCAAUGUAUGACGCGAAGUGCUUCCGUUGAGAACGUCAUACAUGUAAGCGGGUGAUUGGCAUGAGUGACAUGCGUAUGCAUUCUGGUGUUGGUGGAGGUGCCUCUGUGGCUUUGCAGUAACAGCUUGGCAACCUGAUUUGUAUUGUUCGCGAUUUAACACCUAUCUUUACGCGCGCGGCUGCGUAUUGCCCCUUGUGAAGGCAGGUAAAGAAGAACUGUUCUAUUAUGGAGGUUCAUGUCAUUUAUGUGUUUUGGGGAGUCGGGCAACCCCACUGUCUGCCCCAGUAAUAAUCGAAGCGC